UUCUUCAUCUUGUUGCAUCCUCGAUGCUCCGUGUCCCAAUUCGCUCUCUCUUCAGAACAAAUUUCUUCAGCGUUCGAUCUUCAGUUGCACCUCUGGUUUUCAAUCAGCAAAUCGUACCUGAUUCGAACCACACCCUUCUGCAUAAAUCGGAGUGUUCACGUUUCGCUUCCCCGAUUACUUCAGGUUCUUCGAGUCUUGCCUCGUUUACGAUUCGAUUGGAUCAUACUAUGGCCACUCCCUCCAAGACGUCGGUUCAUGACUUCACCGUAAAGGAUGCUAAGGGAAAGGAUGUCGACCUCAGCAUUUACAAAGGAAAGGUCCUCUUGAUUGUCAAUGUUGCUUCACAAUGUGGCUUGACUAAUUCGAAUUACACUGAGCUGAGUCAACUGUAUGAGAAAUACAAGGGCCACGGUUUUGAGAUUCUUGCAUUUCCGUGCAACCAAUUUGGAUCCCAGGAGCCAGGAACCAAUGAGGAGAUUGUGCAGUUUGCUUGCACCCGUUUCAAGGCUGAGUAUCCCAUUUUUGACAAGGUGGACGUCAAUGGAAACGAUGCCGCUCCCCUAUACAAGUUCUUGAAGUCGAGCAAAGGUGGGCUUUUUGGAGACGGCAUAAAGUGGAACUUCUCCAAGUUCUUGGUGGACAAAGAUGGAAACGUGGUCGACCGUUACGCCCCUACAACUUCCCCACUCAGCAUCGAGAAGGAUUUGAAGAAGCUGCUGGGAGUUUGAAAACGUGAAGGAGGCUGUUUCUUUCGCUUGUUAUUAGAGAGACAUGAAUAUGAAUAAAGCUCUGUGUAUUUGCUGUGAUGUUUUCUGAAUGGUCCAUGUAUUUAUAAGACUGUAAGUUGAGAAUUAUGUAAUAAAUUUCUGGAGCUUUUGAUGUAACUGUUGACAAUCUGUCUGGGGACAUUGAUCCCAAUUGUAGCUGUCAGCUUUUUGCUCUAUUCAA